GCGCGAAAGCACGUUGUGCGAAAUACGACACAUUGUCUAGGAAAUAGCAGUGAAACUUUCGCUUUCUGUGGAAAUCGGUUACCUGGAAGUUUCUUGGUCGGUUAGUCCAUUUUGGUGAACAGUGAUGAAAUCAUCCGUUAACGGUUGUGUAGCAAAAAUAUUGGUAGAUGAUAGUUUUUUGCGAUAGACGUUACCUUUGACCCGUGGUUGGCGUGUUUGAUUACAGCUGUCACCCGAGUGGUUCGUUGGGAAAAAAAAUCAAUCAUUGGUAGACCUGCUUUUUGUCUUGCGGCCGGUAGGGCUUUGGCCAACGUGGUAUUUAGACCGGCGAGUCUGUGUGUGAGCCCAGUUCGGCCAAAGCUACAGGGCUACAUGUAUCAACAAUUUGUGAAGGAAAUGUCUUCAGGCCAAGGCGAUUUCAAGUUCAAUGUUGUGUUUGUACUGGGCGGUCCAGGGGCAGGCAAAGGCACCCAGUGUGAGAAAAUCACUCAGCUACAGGGACCAGGCUUCGUCCACCUCUCGGCGGGUGAGUUAUUACGUGCGGAGCGACAAAAACCAGGAUCGGAGUAUGGUGACAUCAUAGAAACACAUAUCCAGAAUGGCUCCAUCGUUCCAGUGGAGAUCACGUGUGCGCUCCUUAAAAGGGCUAUGGAAACCAGCGGCAAACAGAACUUCCUAAUAGAUGGUUUUCCUCGAAACGAAAACAACUUAUUUGGCUGGGAGAAAGAAAUGAAACAUGUUGCCUUUGUUAAAUUUGUCCUUUUCUUCAACUGCAGUGAGGAGGUGUGUGUAAACAGGUGUCUGAACCGAGGACAGACCAGUGGGCGUUCUGAUGACAACCUUGAGAGUCUAAAAAAGAGAAUACAAACAUAUUAUAAUGCAACAAUGCCAAUAAUAGAACAUUAUAAGAAGCAGGGUUUAGUGAGAGAAAUCAAUGCUGAACGAGAUGUGGAAGAGGUAUUUGCUGAUGUGAAGAAGCUGUUCUUGGAGGUCUAACGUAGAAGCACCUGUCAACAUCACACAACAUCCAACAAAUCUGAUGCAAUUAUAAAUAAAACUGUUUUAUCGUGUAUUAGAAGCUCAAAUCGUGGGAAAUUGAAUUCUGUUCUGUAGAUUUUUAAACUUUGAUAAGGGAUAGGCUUAAUGGUAUUGUUCAGUUGUCUUUGUUUUUAAGUUUUAAGUUACUGUUGUGAAUGAUAGAACAAGGGAUUGGGAUAGAACCGAGAUACUUGGCCUCCAUCUUCCAACUUUUGGUGACCAAGGAAGAGUCUUGUUAGACUACAUCUAUACUCUGAUCCUGCAGCCUAUAACACAAUAUAAAGAAAUAAUCAAAUAAAUUAAGCAUUUCCACAUAUUUGUGUGGCUAAUUAUUAAGGCAUUCACUUUUUUUUUUUAAAUUUAAGUCCUUUUUGGUACAGAAUUCAGUACUUGUUGCCUCCUGUUUUCUUAAAGGAGCAUACCACCUAUAAACAUUUUAUUUUUUGCAGUGAAUAAAAUGGAAAAAAAACUUUGAUGUUCUAGGAUAGCAUUUAUAGGCUGUAGGCCUAUUAAGUAGGCUGAUGCAGAUUCUUUUUAGGCUUUAAACAUGAUCCAAGUGUUGUAUUUCCAUAUUUCCGCGUUAAAUACUAAUAGGGAUGUAAUGUUAGGUUUAUAUUCAUGUUAAACCUAGAAUGAAGGAAUGGUUAUAUUUUGAACACCACCCGGGCAGUAAUACAACAGCCAAGUCGUGGUGAGGUUGAAUGUGGAAACUCCGCAGCCAGAGGUUGUUUAGCAGCUAAAAAGAAUCUGUGACGUCACUGCUUCAUCUUGUUAUGGCCUCGGUCUUUAUUUGCAUUUAAAAAAAGUCUUGAAAACAGUAUUUUAUGAAGGUCUGUUCUUUUAAGGUGUACAUGUAUUUUCCAUCUGACGUAUUGCAUGUGACAACCAUAACAUAUAAUUGCAUGUUGCUAUAUACUCUGUAGAUUUAGACUUGACAUAAAAUAAGUUUAUUUCACCUAAGCAAUUUCUGGUAGAAGGUAUGUUAAUAUUGAGGUCACAUCUGAUAAUGGCUUGUGCAAUGAUACCCAGUUGUUGGAAUCACUUUACUUAACGAGGCAGAUCAUUAAAAGUUUACACUUUUGAGCUCAGGACUACUUCUUGAAUGUAUGUGUUUGUCUACAUGUAGAGUGUAUGUAGGCCAGAAUUCUAAAUGUGUUAGUCAUGGAACAAGUAUUUUUAGUUGACCUUUGACCUGUAUGAACAGUGUGAUGUGCUUAUGUUGACAUUUGACAUUACACGAUAUAAAUUGCAAAUAUACCCUGAUUUAUGUAUUUAUGUAAGCGGGGAAAUGAUAGGAAAGGUGGAAAAUUGCACUUUUGUGGAUAAUGAUAAGUCAGGAUAACAGGUGUGUAGAGGUAACCGUCCUCCAGCUGUCUGAAAUAAAGCUGCCGAACAACCGACAUCAGGUAUGUGUCUCAAUUAUCAUUUAGACUGGUUUUCUCUACCUGUUAUCCUGACCACUGUGAAAAAAGUGCAGUGUCCUUGAGUACCAAUAUUUAGAAUGGCUUAAACUCUUGUAAUGGUAAAAACAGAUAUUAAAGUUUAAAACGAAUAUCGGCGUAUGAGUAAAGUCAUGAAUGGGUAUAUUCUGUCAGAGAGCUUGAUUACAGAACUGCUCCCAAGUGUCCAUGAACCUGGCAUAGGUCAGGUUUGUUCUGUAGAAGUGUAGAAACUGUUGGUAAUCUUAAACAAGGCUGGAGACUAGAGCUGACCAAAAGUCAUAUCUCUUAUUGAGAAAUAUGAUUGACCUGUUUGUCAGGUUUGGUCAAGUGUCAAUCCAUGUUGCAACAGGGCCUUGUUUGCUUUGUGAUUUAGUGCCAUACCCUCGCCUCAGAGACUGUCUACAGGCUGUCCUGCUUGCCUAAAUACCUUUUUUUGAUUGUUUUCCUGUUGUUGGGAAAAACUGGUAUACUUUGAGGUAUCGGUUAAAGUGCUACUUCAGUCUUAAGAGACGCCAAAUAAUUAAAAUAUUAAAAUAUUAAACCGAUAUGAAGGAUACCCUAUGGAAUAUAGCUAGCACCACAGUUCAAAAGAGACGCCAGGUUUGAGAUAUUAAACUGACAUGAAGGAUACCCUAUGGAAUAUAGCUAGCACCACAGUUCAAAAGAGACACCAGGUUGAAAUAUUAAACUGAUAUGAAGGAUACCCUAUGGAAUACGGCUAGCACCACAGUUCAAAAGAGACGCCAGGUUGAAAUAUUAAACUGAUAUGAAGGAUACCCUAUGGAAUAUAGAUAGCACCACGGUUCAAAAGAGACGCCAGGUUUGAGAUAUUAAACCGAUAUGAAGGAUACCCCAUGGAAUAUAGCUAGCACCACAGUUCAAAAGAGACGCCAGGUUUGAGAUAUUAAACUGAUGUGAAGGAUACCCUAUGGAAUAUAGCUAGCACCACAGUUCAAAAGAGACGCCAGGUUGAAAUAUUAAACUGAUAUGAAGGAUACCCUAUGGAAUGUAGAUAGCACCACCGUUCAAGAGAGACACCAGGUUAAAAUAUUAAACUGAUAUGAAGGAUACCCUAUGGAAUAUGGCUAGCACCACCGUUCAAAAGAGACACCAGAUUAAAAUAUUAAACUGAUAUGAAGGAUACCCUAUUGAAUACGGCUAGCACCACAGUUCAAAAGAGACGCCAGGUUUGAGAUAUUAAACUGAUGUGAAGGAUACCCUAUGGAAUAUAGCUAGCACCACAGUUCAAAAGAGAUGCCAGGUUGAAAUAUUAAACUGAUAUGAAGGAUACCCUAUGGAAUGUAGAUAGCACCACCGUUCAAAAGAGACACCAGGUUAAAAUAUUAAACUGAUAUGAAGGAUACCCUAUGGAAUAUGGCUAGCACCACCGUUCAAAAGAGACACCAGGUUGAAAUAUUAAACUGAUAUGAAGGAUACCCUAUUGAAUACGGCUAGCACCACAGUUCAAAAGAGACACCAGGUUAAAAUAUUAAACUGAUAUGAAGGAUACCCUAUGGAAUACAGCUAGCACCACAGUUCAAAAGAGACGCCAGGUUAAAAUAUUAAACUGAUAUGAAGCAUACCCUAUGGAAUAUAGCUAGCACCACCGGUCGAAAGAGAUGGGAGGUUUGAGAUAUUUGACUGAUACGAAGGAUACCAUAUGGAAUAUAGCUAGCACCACCGGUCGAAAGAGAUGGGAGGUUUGAGAUAUUUGACUGAUACGAAGGAUACCAUAUGGAAUAUAGCUAGCACCACAGUUCAAAAGAGACGCCAGGUUAAAAUAUUAAACUGAUAUGAAGGAUACCCUAUGGAAUAUAACUAGCACCACCGAUCGAAAGAGAUGGGAGGUUUGAGAUAUUUGACUGAUACGAAGGAUACCCUAUGGAAUAUAGCUAGCGCCACGGUUAAAAAAAAAAAUUUGCCCUGAAUAAUGCUAUUUAACCCCUGCAAAUAA